AUGGGUGCUCUCCGCAAAAUCAAGACUAAGCGUCGCACCAGAGACUAUGACCAGGUUAUCGCCGACGUCGACUCGUCGCGCCAUCUCGCGCAGUACAAGGCGAGCAAGGAUCCAGAGGAUCUGCCUGGACUCGGUCAACACUUCUGUGUCGAGUGCUCCAAAUGGUUCGAGAGCGACUAUAACUUGAAGGCGCACACCAAGGGCAAAAACCACAAGCGCAGAGUCCGCCUCCUUCAAGAAGAACCUCACAGCCAGGAACUCGCUGAAGCCGCCGUUGGUCUGGGUGUCGUCGAAAAUUGGAGGGGCCACAUCAAGCGGGCAGACAAUGCGGCCGACAAGGCCGACAAGAUGGAGAUGGCUGCUUGA